GCGGGGCCGGGGUCUCCCCGUCCGGCUCGGCUCAGCUCGGCUCUGCUCGGCUCCGCUCCGCUCGGCACCGUCGGGGGCUCCCGUGGCCGCUGUGGGGAUGCGGGCGGUGGCGGCGCUGCUGGCGGCCGUGCUGGCGCUGGGGGCAGCCCUGCCCCGCCCGGGGCUGCUCCCGCACGGCCCGGCCCGCGGCGAUGCCCGGCUCCGGCCCGGGGACGACGAGAGCUCUCCGGGGCUGCUGCUCCGCCGCGUCCUGCGCCUCUACGGCCGCGCCGCCCGCCGCCUCUUCGUGGGGACCAACGGGGUCAUCUCCACCCAGGAUUUCCCCAGGGAGACCCAGUACGUGGAUGACGAUUUCCCCACAGACUUCCCCGUCAUCGCCCCUUUCCUGGCCGACCUGGACACCUCCGGGGACAGAGGGAACAUCUACUACCGGCAGGAUGACUCCAGGGACGUGCUGGAGCAGGCUGUGCGAUACAUCCAGGCCGGCUUUCCCCGCUCUGCUGGCGCCUUCGUGCCCACCAAUGCCUUCAUUGCCACCUGGGAGGAGGUGGGCGCCUACCAGGAGCUCUCCCAGGACACCGAGCCCUCCACGAAGCUCAACACCUUCCAGGCAGUCAUAGCCUACAACGAUGAGGACACCUACACCAUCUUCCUCUACCCUGAGGGUGGUCUCCAGUUCCUGGGGACGCGACCCAAGGAGUCCUACAACGUCCAGCUGGAGCUGCCAGCCAGGGUGGGCUUCAGCUGGGGGGACAGCGAUGACCCCAAGAGGGACGGGCUCUUCCACAGCCUGGCCAGCAGCGAGCAGGCUCUGAGGAGCCUGGAGAGGGAGAGCAAUACGGGAAUCCCUGGCGUCUGGGUUUUCCACGUGGGCAGCACGGAGCACGUGGAGCCAGGGGGUGGCGAGGGAGCUGCUCCUGCUGUGCCUCAGAGCCCCCCUGAGCACCCCAACCCUGGCACUGCCGGCUACCCCCACCCUCUCUCCAGACACACAGCCAUGGCCCAGCGUCCCAGCCACGGGUCCCACGGCCCGGUGCUCCUGGGCUUUGUCCCCGGGAGGAGGGACACGCAGGAGCGGAGCCACUGGCUGCAGCCCAGAGGGGACGGUGGCACCGGGCAGAGCUUCUCUGCCAACCCCUCCUCCUACAGCUCGGGCCAGCACGGCGUGGGCGUGGAGGAGGACGUGCAUUUCAACCCCGACGUGUUCACCUACAGCGCCGCCAGCAAGGAGACGUGUGCCCAGCACCACGGGCGCUGCUCCCCUCACGCCUUCUGCACCGACUACGCCGCCGGCUUCUGCUGCCACUGCCGGGCCACGUUCUACGGGAACGGGCGGCAGUGCCUGCCCGAAGGCGCCGUGCAUCGCCUCAACGGGAAGGUGAGCGGGAGCCUGAGGGUGGGACGGGCGUCCGUCCGCUUCCAGGACGUGGACCUGCACGCCUACAUCGUGGGCAGCGACGGCAGAGCCUACACGGCCAUCAGCGGCGUGCCCCAGCCCGCUGCCCGCGCCCUGCUGCCCCUGCUGCCCGUCGGGGGGCUCUUCGCGUGGCUCUUCGCCCUGGAGGAGCCUGGCUCGGAGAACGGCUUCAGCAUCACGGGCGCUGAAUUCACCCAGAGCCUGGAGGUGACGUUUUACCCCGGUGGGGAGACGGUCCAGGUCACUCAGACAGCCGAGGGCCUGGGGCCGGACAAUUAUUUAAGCCUCAGGACACACAUCCAGGGUGAGGUGCCAUUCCUGCCGGAGAAUGUCACCGUGCACAUCACUCCCUACAAGGAACUCUACUCCUACUCCAGCUCAGCCGUGACAUCCUCAGGCCAGCGGGAAUACGUGGUGGCCGCGGGCACCGCCAACCAGACCUUGUCCUACCGCCUGCGCCAGAACGUCACCUUCUCGGGGUGCCCGCACUCGCGGCUGCCGGCGCGGCAGCAGCUCUCGGUGGCGCGCGCCUUCGCCCUCUUCGACAGCCACGAGCACGUCCUGCGCUACGCCCUGGCCGCCCGCAUCGGCCCGGCACGAGACGACGCCGAGAAUCCCGGGGUGAGCCCGUGCCACGAUGGCUCCCACACGUGCGAGGCACCGGCGCGCUGCCAGCCCGGCGUGGGCACAGAGUACACGUGCGAGUGUGCAGCCGGGUACCGCGGAGAUGGACAGGGCUGCCGAGAUGUGGACGAAUGUGCCGAGGGCCUGAGCCAGUGCGGGCCCUUCUCCGUGUGCCUGAACGUGCCGGGCAGUUACCGCUGCGAGUGCCGCGACGGGUACCAGCCGGCGGGGGACGGGCAGGCGUGUGUGCCGCUGGCACCGCCGAGUGACCCCUGCGAGGACGGGCGGCACCCCUGCGCUCCGGCGGACCGGGCGCGGUGCCUGUCCCGCGGUGACGGCCGCGCCACCUGCGAGUGCCUCCCCGGCUACACCGGCGACGGCAUCCACUGCUCCGACGUGGAUGAGUGUGCCGAAAGCCCGUGUCACCCGGCCGCCAUCUGCUACAACACCCCGGGCUCCUUCUCCUGCCGCUGCCGGCCCGGCUAUGCGGGCGACGGCUCCCAGUGCACGUACGCGGCGGAAGGGAACCCGCAGCGCCUCACGCCCUGCCAGCACGAGCGGAUGUACCCGCGGGAGGUGCCACCCCUGGGUGACGGCCACGUGCCCCAGUGCGACGAGCAGGGCCGGUACCGGCCCCUGCAGUGCCACGGCAGCUCCGGGCACUGCUGGUGCGUGGACGCCGCCGGGCAGGAGAUCGCUGGCACCCGGACGGCACCGGGCACCACCCCGCCACGCUGUGGGAGCCCAGGGAACCCGCAGCGCCUCACGCCCUGCCAGCACGAGCGGAUGUACCCGCGGGAGGUGCCACCCCUGGGUGACGGCCACGUGCCCCAGUGCGACGAGCAGGGCCGGUACCGGCCCCUGCAGUGCCACGGCAGCUCCGGGCACUGCUGGUGCGUGGACGCCGCCGGGCAGGAGAUCGCCGGCACCCGGACGGCACCGGGCACCACCCCGCCACGCUGUGGGAGCCCAGAGUCCAUCCAGCAGCUGACGCCCUGCGAGCACGCGCGGAUGUACCCUCGGGAGGUGCCACCAGGGCCGUCACCCGUGGGCGAUGGCCACGUGCCCCAGUGCGACGAGCAGGGCCGGUACCGGCCCCUGCAGUGCCACGGCAGCUCCGGGCACUGCUGGUGCGUGGACGCCGCCGGGCAGGAGAUCGCCGGCACCCGGACGGCACCGGGCACCACCCCGCCACGCUGCGGGAGCCCAGAGCCCACGGAGAGGCCCCCCAGCAUGUGCGAGCGCUGGCGGCAGAGUUUGCUGGAGCACUACGGGGGCAGCCCCCGCGGGGACCAGUACGUGCCACAGUGUGACCCCAGCGGGGACUUCACCCCGCUGCAGUGCCACGGGGACAGCGGCUACUGCUGGUGCGUGGAGCAGAGCGGCAGGGAGAUCCCGGGGACGCGCUCCGAGCCCGGCACCACCCCGCCCUGUCUGCCCAGUGUCGCCCCGCCCAGCGUCCGACCUGAGCCCCGGCCCGACGUGUCCCCACCGGGCGCGGGGACAUUCCUGCUGUACGCCCAGGGCCAGCAGAUCGGCUACCUGCCGCUGAACGGCACCCGGCUGCAGAAGGAGGCGGCCAAGACCCUGCUCUCCCUGCAUGGCUCCAUCGUGGUGGGGAUUGACUACGACUGCCGGGAGAGGAUGAUCUACUGGACUGACGUGGCUGGCCGGACCAUCAGCCGGGCGGGCCUGGAGCCAGGCUCCGAGCCAGAGACCAUCAUCAGCUCAGGCCUGAUCAGCCCCGAGGGCCUGGCCGUGGAUCACCUGCGCCGGGCCAUGUUCUGGACGGACAGCGGCCUGGACAGGAUCGAGCGGGCCCGGCUGGACGGCUCCGAGCGCCGCGUGCUCUUCGACACCGAGCUCGUCAACCCCCGCGCCAUCGCCGUGGACCCCGUGCGAGGCAACCUUUACUGGACGGACUGGAAUCGCGAAGCUCCCAAAAUCGAAACUUCCACUGUCAAUGGAGCCAACAGGAGGGUUCUGGUGCACACAGACAUUGGUUUGCCCAAUGGCCUGACUUUUGACCCCUUCUCCAAGCUGCUGUGCUGGGCAGACGCAGGCACCAAGCACCUGGAAUGCACAUUCCCGGACGGCACCGGCCGGCGCGUCAUCCAGAGCAACCUCAACUACCCCUUCAGCAUCAUCAGCUACGCCAACCACUUCUACCACACGGACUGGAGACGGGAUGGGGUGAUAGCUGUAAAUAAAGAAACAGGCUCCUUCACUGAUGAGUAUCUUCCAGAGCAGCGAUCCCACCUCUACGGAAUCACAGCAGUUUAUCCCUACUGCCCUGGAGCCAGGAAAUAGUAACUCCAUUUUCAAGGGAACAAGGAUCUUUGCACCCAGAGGAAUUUCAGACCCAGAGAACUGUCACUGCAAACAAGGGGGAAGAAGUCCCUCACCAAGGCCAAUGAAGUGCCCUGCUUUCCUGCAAAAGAUUUUCAAGUAUUUUUUAUAGUUAUACCUCAAGACUUUACUACUGUAUUUUUUUACCAAGUGGAAAAUGUUGAGAUAUCACCAAAAAAAAAAAAAAACACGAUCCUGGGAAGCUCAAGCCAUGACUCGAACUCUCGCUCAUACAAGAUUUAAAAUGUAGCUUUUUUUUUCUACUCCAAUGCUUUAUUUUAUUGGAAGAAGAAUGGAUUAAUUUUUCAUAGUUUUGACAAUCUGACCAAGAGGUCCUUUUAUCCAAAAAUAAGAAAUCAAGUGCCUGUGGGAAGCUGUGGCUGCAGUAAAUUGCUGGGUCUAAUUAACAAACUGCCCUGAAGACAGAGACUGCGUGUGCUCCAAAAUCCUGCAGAACAGGGAUGGGAUGUGGCAAAGGCACUGAAGAUUUUCCAGAGGAUGAUUCUGUGUUUUCACCACUGCCUCCAUGCAUGUCUUUUAGUAUUUAUAUUAGAAGAAUAUGCUAGAAUUGAUCUGUUCAUGCUUGUUGGGUCUUCCAAGUGCCUUCCUAGACCUACCCAGUGCAGACAUGUUCAGAAAUACCAGUUACGUUGUAAUGCUUCACUUUUUCUAGGUUACUUCAAUAAUUGAAUAAAAAAGGUUGGUUUAAA